AUGGCUACGUUUUUGAGGGACACCCCUUUGGGUCAAUUCCUCCGCCUAGUUUCACAGGGCUACCUUCUGCAAUAUACGGAUGACAGAAAUGGGCUCGAACUCUUGCGAAAUAGACGAUCGCAGCCGGUAGAUCCAGUUGCCGAAGUUCAAGUCAAUUCUGAAGCCGACCCUGAAGUGCUUGCAAAAAAGGGGACGAACGUUGAUGAUCUCGUUAUAGUCGACUGGUAUAGUCCAACAGAUGCAGAGAAUCCACGAAACUUCUCGACGACGAAGAAGUUAUGGGCCAGCUUCAUCAUCUUUAUCUACACUUUUGUUGUCUACUGCACCUCGUCUAUCACGACGCCGUCCUACCCAUUCAUCGCACCUCAGCACGGCCUCAACGAAACCUCUGUCUCCUUGAUCCUCGCCCUAUACGUUCUCGGUUACGCUCUGGGCCCUUUGCUGUUUGCCCCCUUGUCGGAAAUACCCUGGAUUGGCCGCAACAUCCCAUACUGGGCCUCGUUCCUCCCUUUCCUCGCGUUGACCAUCGCCCUUACACAGGUACAAGACCUCAACUUCGCCACCAUCUGCGUCCUACGCUUCCUGCAAGGCUACUUUGGCUCCCCGAUCCUGGCCACUGGUGCCGCUUCGUACGACGACCUUUUUGAUGAGUUCGAGUCGCCGUACGGCUACAUGAUCUGGCUGGGCGCGAUGUACGCUGGGCCUGCGGUUGGUCCGCUUCUAUCUGGCUACGCCAUCGUCAGGGACUUCCGAUGGCCGUACUGGGAGUGCGCGAUCAUGGCGGGGGGUCUGUUCCCACUGAUCAUCCUGCUGCCGGAGACGAGCGCAGAUUACAUCCUCCUCCAACGAGCGAAGCGCAUGAGGAAGAUCACAAAUGACCCAAAGUACCGGGCGCCGUCGGAGAUCAAGAGAUUGAAUGUUGCAAAAGUGUUUAUGGACGCGCUGAUCAAGCCGACCGAGAUAGCGCUCAAAGAUCCUGCGAUUGCCUUUGUCACUGUAUACGGCGGCAUCGUGUAUGCCACCUACUAUUCAUAUUUCGAGGCUUUCCCACUGGUCUACAACGACAGGUAUGGCUUCUCCGCCGGAGCUAUUGGGCUGGUAUUCCUCUCCGUGAUCGUCGGUGCUGGAAUCUGCGCCACUAUCUACGCCGUUUACCUUAAGCUGUACUUCACUCCCUGGGCUCGUGCUGCAGUCAAAGAAGCGGCGUCCGCUGCUGUGUCCUCCGCGACCGACGACACGAACCAACCGCAGUCUCGGGCCACAGCGCCGCGAAGAAUGCACAUCAACGCCGCGAUCGCGCAGGAGCGGUGGCUGAUCCCGUCGAUCCCAUUCAGCGUGCUCUGCCCGGCGGGACUGUUCCUGUUCGCGUGGACCGCGACGGCGACGUCUCACGACCCCAACAACGGCGACGCACACCCGACGUUCCACUGGAUCGUGCCGACGGUCGGUAUCGCCCUCUUUUCCGGCGGCAGCUUCGUCGUCUUCCAGUGCACCAUCAUCUACAUCUCCCUGUCCUACCGGAAAUACUUUGCCUCGCUGUCCGCCACGUACGACAUGUCGCGGGGAUCCAUGGCCGCGGGGGUCGUCAUGGGCAGCCGGGCCGUCUUUGUCGGCUGGGGCGUCGACAAGGGCGUCAGCGUGCUCGCCGCCGUCAGCGCCGCGGGCGUCUUCGGCAUGGUCUACCUGUGGAGGUACGGCGCCGUGCUGAGGUCCAAGAGCAGGUUUGCAGAGCAAUAG